GCUGUCAGGACCGCAGGGGGCCGGAUGGGGGAGCGCGGUCCACGGCAGACGCGGUGCGUACGAUGUUAUCGUGGCACUGACUGUAGCCUAUAAAUACCGGGAGGCGCGCAGCCUACCUACCAACACUGGCAUUAAUCUAAACACGGCUUGAACUGCGAGGAGAGGCACUUACAUUAGCAUCCUACUACUGGGAUAAACGCCUCAAGUGAAACGGAAUAUAAACCGCUCGAGUUCUAGUCUAGUGUCGCUCGCCUGUGCGACGCACAGCACCAAUAAUAUGGUGAUCAAGGUUUACAUCGCCUCCUCCUCGGGAUCUGUGGCGGUGAAGAAGCGUCAGCAAGCUGUGGUGGGGUUCCUAGAGGCCAACCGGAUCUCCUUCCAGGAGGUGGACAUCACCAAUGUGGAGGAGAGAAGGCUGUGGAUGUACCAACACAUCCCCCCGGAGAAACACCCAGACAAGAGCAACCCGCUGCCCCCACAGAUCUUCAACGGAGACUGCUACUGUGGGGACUAUGAGGACUUCUUCCAGUCCAAGGAGAACAACACUGUGUUUACAUUCCUAGGCCUCAGCUCACCGCCCUCAGUAAAGGAUUCCGAGUCGUAGGCAGUAGCGUGGGGAGUCGGAGGUCGCGGAGCACAUCACUUCCUGUAUUACAUCACUUCACCUCUCCCGGAGAUCUCACCAUAAUGACGCCACCGUGUUGCCAAACACCUCACCCUCCUCCCCCACCUACAGCCAUCUAACCUGACACAGGAGGAGGGGAGGGGCUUCAGACCAUGGGAGGCGGGGCUUCACCCCAAAAACAAUGGACAAUGAUUUCCUGAUUUAAUUUUUUUUUAAUUUAAAUUUUGUACAACAGCUGGUAAUCAUGACGAUCUAGUCAGUGGUUCCUGUUUGUGUUAGUGGUAAGUAAUUACUAGUUUUCUUUUACUGCUAUGUAUUCUUUGGUCCGUUGUUCAGAACACUUCUGUUGCAGCUCUUCCACCAAUAGCAGCAUGUAGCUCUCCUGUCAGAGUAGCCAGGUUCUGUACGCAGUCAGACAGUUAAAGCUGACCUGAGGUCGUAACUGGAAACACUGAAGUUGGACUUGUGGUUAAAAUCGAGGCGUGAAAUGGAGUCGACUACAGCUGUAUUUAGACUUUGCACAUUUUCGAUUAAAAAUCGCAAAUCUAAAUAAACUUUCAACAUUGACCAUA